UUACUGCCGCGCGGGAUGACGAUUUCUUCGGCAAACACAGGAGCGGUAAUUAAGGAUUCCCAGCGGAGCGCUGCGGGCGGGGCCGUGCUCGCUGCCCGCCCCGCGGAGGCGGGCGGAGGGCCGGGACCGGGGCCGGGGCUGGAACCGGGGCCAGGGACGGGAUCGGGGCUGGAGCCGGAGCCGAUGGCGGCCGCCGUCCCGCCGGGAGCCGUGGAGCUGCCGCAGCUGGCGGAAAAUCUGCUGUGCCGGCUGCAGGAGAAUUUUCAGGCUCUGACGGAAAAGUUAACACUGAGAAUGGAAGAAAUGGGUGAGCGCAUCAAUGACCUUGAGAAGCGAGUUGCUGACCUGAUGACAGAGGCUGGGGUAGAAAACAGCAACGAAGAGUUGGGAGUAAAGACAUUUACUUAAAUUUUUCUGUUUUACACAUUUCCACUUCGUUUUGGGUGAUGGGCGUGUAAUGGUGUUUACAUAUUUGGUAUACCUGCAUUUUCUUGGAUUUGAAAGUGUACUUUUUAAAAACAUAUUUAAUAUACGUAGGAUUUUUUUUUUCCAAGACCCAAAGAAUGGCACCACUUUUACAAAAGAAAAACUUCAUCUUGCUGCCUCUUGCAGCUGAGUGCCAUAUACAAGGGGCUAGUGCUAAUUCACCCAAGUGUAUAAACUGAGGCUGACCAUUCAUAGUGAAAUGUGUGUGGCUUGAAGUACUCCUGCCCACCAUUCCUGUCCCUCAGGUACGGUAACCUAUCUGAGGAUUCUCAGUGGUGUAAAUUUAUGUACCUCUGCUUUUAAACCUGCUCCAGCUUCCCAGUGUGACUUGGAGCACACCCCAAACACAGCAGUAAAUUACAGUCAAUCACUGUAUAAUAUUAAAUCAUGCUGCAUUUUGGGAUUGUGUUCUGGAUUUUAUAUCAGCCUGUUGCAUAUGCCAUCCCCCUCCCUGAUGGAUGCCUGACUGUGUGUUCCUAGUAUUUAUGAGGCAGCACUGCUUCUGUGUUCUGUGGAUGCAAGUGAUAUCUUCCUGUUGUUGCUUUCCUGAUUCAAAUUGAGACACAUCAAUUAUUCUUGUCAUUGGAACUUCUUACCCAGUGAAAGAGGAAUGUCUGUAAAUGUUCUGAAGUAAUUUAGGUAUCUAUUCAUUCUGAUGCCUUUUACACAAGGUACACAAUAAUUUUCAGAAAUGCAGCAAGACAAUCCACAAAGAUGUAUUUAACUGUACAGAGAUCUUCCUAUCUCUGUGCUGAAUCACGUUCAUGAAUAAAUCACUAACCUACUUAUUCACUGUAUCUUUGCAGCACUGAAAUGAGAAUGUGUUUGAGGAAGAUUAAAGACAGAACUGCAUAGCACUGACUCGGAGAUUUUACAGUCAGGUGUCACACUGACAAAAAAUGUUAAGGGAAGACAAAUGUGUUUGCAUCAUGCAAUAAAAGAAACUUGAAAAAAAAAUUUAAACGAUUGGCCCAGGAAAAAAAUAGAAAGCUGGGUUUGUUCAUCUAAGUGGGGCACUGUAUUUCCUGGAGCUGAAAAAGAAGUGUUAGUUUCAGAGAGGUCAAAGCCACUAUUUUGGAUAGAAAACUAUAUCCUGUAAUGUGAACUUAUCCAAUCACGAAUGUUUUCAAUGUAUGAAAAUGUAUUUAUUUUAAUAUUAAAAUAAUAUGUGUUGCCUUUUUAGCUUA